AUGGCAAUGCAAGAUGAUUUUGCAGCAGCUAAGCUCACUUCUCUGGUUGCUGUCUACUGUGGGAGUGUUCCUAAAUUCAAAUCCAGAUACACAGCUCUGCGAGGCGGAAGCAUUGACUCAAACUUGCAGUUUUGUGGCCGCCGUUGGACCACUGAAGAAGCCUUGACCCAGGACCCCCAAGAGAGGGAGGUGAGCAGCGCUGCCCUGAAAACUAUUCAGAUCAGUGACAAGCUGAAGACGAGGAUGAUGUCUGAAGAUCUGUUAGCUUCACAGAGAGGCCUGACUGACGGCAGUGACCCUGAGAGGGUUACCCUGAAACCAGUAGUUUCCCGCCCUGCUUCCCAGAGGCUCCUGGAAACAUCCAAGCCCGUGCCUCCUAUCCAGAAUCGCCUUCCUUCCUCAGAGCCCAGGACGAUGGGCAACAGAGAGCAGGAGCAUGGGGAACAUGGCACUGGCUGUGGUGACAGUGAUGGGAAUAACAAGGAGCCCACUAUGUUCUCCUAUUUCCAGGCUUCCCUGCUGCCCUUGUACUGCAGUGAUGAGGAUGGGAAGAAGUCACUGGGAGUGGCUUUGAUUCCCCCUAUCCCCAGAUCAGCGAGACCAUCUGAUGGGGAUGCUGGCAGCACUGCAGUGCCUCUCCCAAGCUCUCAGCACCUGGUUAUCCAAGGGGGACUGAAGAUGAGGCCAAGAUCAGGCAGCAGAAGUGAAGAGAGGACCCUUAAACAUCAAGAGCUCCAGACUCUGGAACCCAUCUUGCCUGUUCUUCAACGUCGCAAUGUUGGUGGCGUGAAAUCUGCCGGACAUUUGUGUGAACCUCUGCCCCCAUUAACAGGCCUCCCACUCAGCCAGGCCAAGGAGACGGAUCAUCUCAUGAGCCCUCGUCUUCCGAGCGACGAUGACUUGAAGGACAGCAAUGGAAAGAUCCAAGUUACCUUGUCCAAGUCAGCUCAGAAGAAAAUACUGCAGAAGCGGAUAGAGCUUUUACGCAGAGAGAGGGAGAAAGAGAUGGAAAAGUCCUUACAAAGAUACUUUUUGGUCUCUGCAGGCUUUGGCCCGCUGCCUGUCAAUGGGCCAGUUUCCACCUCCCCCAGCAUGAGCAACGCACGCAGAGAGCACGAUGGUGCUGUCUUGAAGAAGCGGAUCAACAGGUCCUCACUGCCCAGCAUCCGGGUCGUCAGCCAGGGUAGCAGCUCCCCACGCAACUCCUCAGUGGACUUGCUGCCGGCCAUUCCUCUGGACUUCCUGGAGCAGGGAGAAGAGUUGGAGUUUGGGGAUGCCCAGGAAGCCAGACCCUUCCCUUACCCACAGCAGGCGCUGCUCAAUGCGCUUAAAUGGCUCAGCAGUGACGACUG